GCAUGUGUCCACGGUGCGGCUGCUAUGCUCUUCCCCAUGUUCUGGCAGCACAUCUUCAUCCCAGUGCUGCCCCCGCAUCUUCUGGACUACUGCUGUGCCCCCAUGCCAUACUUCGUGGGAGUUCAUCUUAGUCUGCUAGAGAGAGUACGAGGUCGAUCACUGGAGGAUGUGGUCAUUCUGAAUGUGGAUACCAACACCCUGGAGAGUCCAUUUGAUGACUUGCACAACCUGCCCAGUGACGUGGUGUCCUCUCUGAAGAGCAAGCUGAAGAAGCAGUCGACGGCAACAGGAAGUGGUGUGGCGAGGGCCUUCCUGAGAGGGCAGGCCGCUCUGUUCGGAUGCUACCGAGACGCCCUCAGAUAUAAACCAGGGGAGCCUAUCACUUUCUGUGAGGAGAGCUUUGUGAACCACCGCUCGAGCACCAUGAGGAACUUCCUGUCCAUGGCUGUCAACCUGCAGCUCUUCAAACAGUUCAUCGACGGACGGCUGGCCAAAUUGAACGCAGGCCGCGGCUUCACCGACGUGUUUGAAGAGGAGAUCACAGAGGGGGGCUUCUGUGGAAGUAAUUCAAGGUCUUAUCAGCAGUGGAUGCACACCGUAAAGAGAGGAGGAGCACUCAUCAACACGGCCGUGACAAAGGCCAAGAGUCAUGCCAAGAGGGGCAUCCGGGACAUUAAGGGCAGACUUAAAGCAAGGGAAGAGGAAGAAGAGGGGAUGCCAGUCUGUGCAGGGUCCCCCACCAGCACCAAGAGCCUGUCUCCAAGGAGACUGCAGAAGAUGAGACGGCAGAACCUCAGAAAGUCUCCCAUGAGCAUGGACCCCAGAGAUCUUGGCUACGGGCUCGAUGAUGAUGAGCUGGACAGUGCGAGCAAGAUCUCCUCAGAAGACAGCGGGGACGUUCCUUCCUACACAGAGGACAGCGACGACUCGUACUCGCUGGAGCUGGACAUGGACCCUUCCCACUCGGGCCAGAUGAACCUGCUGGAGGAAAUCCUGGACUCUCUGAACACCACGGUGUUGGACCAAGGAAAACUCAGUGCCGCCAAGAGCCUGGACUUCUUCAGGUCCAUGGAUGAGUUAGACUACAAGACGCCGACCAAGGCUCCCCCCUCCACUGAGUCUUACCCCGCAGAUCAAAGUGUUUGUGACGAGGAUCAGGGCGGCUGGAAUAUGGGCCAGGACGACAGCGCUGUCCACGGAAAACACCUCCCACCGUCCCCACGGAGACAGCCCAACAAGAGCAGCCUGAAGGUGUCAAAGAAACCUGCGGUCGCUCCUCCAGUGCCCAUCACCACUGUCACACCCCCAGCCCAAGCUGCUGACGUCUCCAGACCCCUGCCAAGUUCUGUUCAGCCCAAAUCGGACCCAGCCCCUCACCCUUUACCUCCAGAACGUCAUCCAGGACACCGCUUCUCCUACUCUCCCCUACUGCCCCACAAACCUACACCCACUCUGCCAUCUCCCACACUCACUCACACUCACAGUUCCCCAGCAGUAGUUUCUCACCCAGACUACUCUCCUGCUCCAGCGGGCCGGCCCCGGACCAUUUCAGACCCCCAAGCCUGCACCGAGCCUCCUCAGACCCCGAACCAGACUUUCUCCACUGGCAUCCUGAGGAGGAAGGUGCUAUCCAAGGAGAUUGUGAGGCAAUACCACGAAAAGGCCUCUCACAGGCAGGGCAGUAAGGGCCACCACGAGGGCGAGGGGAGCCCAUCGAAGCUCAGACAGUCACCUAUGGCGGUCCCCUGGGAGAAAGAGGUGUCCAAAGAGGGGCUCCUGGGGCUGGGCCUGUGUCUGGGUCAGAGUCAAGGCUCUGGGGCGGCUGCGGUGCAGGAGCAAACCCUCCUCGAGGAGAUUGAGUCCAGGUGUUGCCUCGACUCGGUCCUCCACACCAGCCUGCAGCUCUCCCAGGUUCACUGCAACAACAGUCGCCACCAGGUCCAGAGCAAAGCCACAGAGGAGUCCUGAGGGACGUCAAAGACUCAGAGUCCGUAAAACGCCAUAGAAGUAUAUUCACUGUCAUCGUUCUACAACAAUUAGCUGCAGUCCUCGAGGACGUGAUGAGUUCAAAACCCAGCGAGUGGGAAAGGUCACAGACAAACCUGAUGUUACACAGACAGCCACGAAGCUGCUGCACUGCAGAAUUCUCCAUCAGUCGUCCAUCUUUGUUUUCAUAUGAUUCAAUUUGUACGUCAUGUGAAAAGAUCGGACAAUGUAACAGACGUUAAUUAAGAAAAUCUUAUCAGUUUAUAAAGAUUCUGAAAACAAGUGAAAGCAGCAGGACAGAAACACAAACUGAGACAUGGGGGUGAGAUUCUUUUGUGUUUCUGUAAUGUUGUUAUUUCAGUUUAUGAGAUUUUUCACAAUUCUAUAAAUUCAACUCAGAACAAAAGACAAGAUUUGUCUGUAAUCGUCUACAUUUCUGAACAGCACAUUCUCAUGUGUUGUAUUUUUCUCUUUUUUUCAUAUUUCACAAUGCAACACUCGACCCUUGAAUUAUAUUUUGCACAGAAUAAUAUAGCCAACAGUUAACGGAGAAUAACGAGGGGGACGACAGCUCUUCAUCAUGUUCCAAACAUUUCACAUGGUGAGAAUGAAUUUGCACUUGUUUAUCAAUAAAUAAUACUCAGUUAUUACUUCCUGGUACGAAAAUAACUCAAAGUCAAACAGGAUUUUCUAGAAACAAAUGGAACUAAUGAUACACUGUGUAAUUUAAUAUGUUUUUUAUCACCAUGCCUUAAGUGGACAUGUGAUUUGUUAAUAAUACUCUGGUGUCUUAAUCUAUAGAUACCAAUACAGGUACUUUGUAAUCAGAAUAAUGACAGAUCGUUAAUGCAACAGGUAAUAGUACUUAAACAGCACUGUAUGUAUCUGUAUUAAUAGAGUAGUUAAUAUAUGAUGUGCUUUAAGUUGCUGUUUUUAAAUUGCAUUCCAGAUCAUGACAUGUGCACGUAGAUAAAACCUCUCUCCUCUCCCUGCGCUCCUCAGGACACUUCUGCAAAUACACUCAAAGUUUAAAGCCGAUCAUUUGAAAAAAGCCAGUAUCCUUCCUCCGUGUCCUCGUCUUUCUCUUUUCCACUGUGAAAAGACCUGAAACUAACGGUUUCCAUUCUCGGCCUCAAAACAAGAAGUAGCUUCUGUAGGAAAUAGAAUGAGAUAAAUUUGUUUGUAGACUUUUAAAUCCUGGAAAUAAUUUCUAGUUGAUUUUGAGGUUUUUCACAGGAUUUGUUGACUUUUCCGAAGAAUCCAGAACCUCUUGUAUAACUUUUUUAGCGUCUCACAUGAGGAAAUGCAAUCUCUGUCCCUCUAGGUUCGAGUCUCACACUGUAAUGCAACGCAGUGAUUGACGAUUGUACUGUAAUAAAGCAAUACAGUUCUCCUCAGAGAGUAGCUACAUGGAUGUAAUGUGUACAGAGUCUAAACUAUUUCUUUAACAGACUCUCCUGUGGAGAGAAAACGCCAUGUCCGGAGAAUGUGGGUUCCCAUCAUUCUCUUGAGUCACCACAAACCCAGAGAAGGAGAAAAAACGAAAGCCCUUUCAUGUGCUUGUGUUGGGAUUAUUACAUUUAUGGUUCGUUGUUCUUAUGAUUUAUGCCAGACGCCAGUCGGUGUGGCAGUUUAAUAGCAGCUAUUUCUCCACUUUUUGAGUGCUGCUCUGCGUUAACGAUUCGCUCAUAAAGUCUUUGGCGUGCUUCUAAAAGCCCAGGAAUCAGUCCUAGUAAUUCCGAAAAGGAAAAAAAAAACUAGACUCCAGAAAAAUCUCUGUACGAGGCUCACUUAUCGCAAACAAGCUUAUUUACUAUGCAAGUACUUAAAAUGAUGAAAAUAUAAUAUUUUUUUCCACAUUAUAUUCUAUGACUAUGACUUGAAACCAACCGAAAUUAAUUUCUAGUGAGAAUAAACCUCACGUGUCCCUAAAUAAAUCCACAGUGUGAGCUGAGGUGUGUCUAAUGGUGUGAAAGACGGAGUGUGUUGUGCCUUAAACAGUCAGAGUACCAUCCUAUACAAUCACAACAAGGUACAGUGUUAUAGAAAGUUAUAUGCAUUGUUUAUCGACCACCUUAAAUCACACUAUGGAACUUCUUUGUAUUUAUAUGACGAACACACAAAAACCCUGAUUAGGUUUGUUGAGGAAACGACCUGGACUGAACUUGUUUGUGUAGCUGUUGUGUUCUUGACUUUCAGCUUCAGCUGCAGUUACUCAGUGUUUUUCUUUUUCUUUGCUGCCGUGGUCGCUGGGAAACUUCCUGCCUGUAUUGAAGAUCUUGGAAUUUCUCUGGGUCAUUUUUUUCCUCAUUUGUAAACUUAGUACUUUAAUUGAUUGUGAUAUUAAUACAUGUUUAGUUUGUGCUCUUCUUCUUUUUCAUCUC